AUGCAUCCCGMWGCUGUCACCAGUGGGUCAGAGAAGACUCUACCAUUUCCAUCUCUGAUUUAUCAAGUGCUGCAAUAUCAAAGAGAGGUUCCUYUGUUUCCACAUGAGGUGCCUGAGUSUGUAAAACCGUAUAAAGCAMUUCCGAAYKGUGGUAUGGGUAGGAGACAACAUCCAGUUCCAGGGCACGUGUAUGGCGUAUCUCUUGUAGCUGAUCUCAGGAAGCAGGCUCAAGUCCUUCUAGACAUUGCUGCUCGGAUUGAAGAUGUUUAUGGAGAAUGCAAUGCGAUGCAAUGCCUCUUUUGUUAUCCAACUUCGGAAUUACCUUUAUGA